UAGCUGGCGGCUCGCCUGUUUUUUCAGCUUUCUUAGCAUGUAAGCAACGAAUCGUAAUGUGGCUUUAGCUUCAAUACUGUCCUCCUCCUCCACCACCGCCGCCGACUGUCCUGACAGCUGCCGCCCUUUGCCUAGCUCGCCGUGCCUGCCGUCGAAUCCAUCGUUCUCGGCGUGCUCAAGCUACUGGAAAUGUAGAUGACACAAAUAGGAAUUGGGAGAAGCAUCUUUUAUUUGAGCACAUUUACUAUCUAACACUUAAUUAGAUUUUAGUUUGGUUAUUAGACUUAUUAAUGAUAGUUGAACUGGUUGUUUGGUUCUUAAAAUUGAGGCAAUCUUGUGGAGGUGUUUCUACUUUCAUUAUGUUUCAGUGAUGGUCAUUUUUUAUUACUAUGCUACUCCGAUGCUUACUAUGUCAGAUUGCUCAAGGAUGUUCCAUUUACAAAACAGACUUCCAAAAAAAUUCAAUAAUUCUCAGUCUUUGUUUUGUGUUUCAUGUACAUUCCAUGUUUAUGGAAACCUGGGGUGUACACCAUGAUACAAGUUGGCAUGAGCACUGGUUUCUGAUAUUCUGAUAAAUAUUUUGCACACAAAAUGCUUUAUGUAAUUAUGUUUGUAUGCAAUAAUAGAUUAUAUAAAGAUGUAAUCAUGUAGCAGAUCUAUUGCACUGGUGCCCUUCCGUAAAGCUAAUGCAGUCAGUAUUUGCAUAUACACAGUGUUGAGGAAACUAUAUGCACUGCUUGAAACCUACAAAGAUGGCAACAUUGUUGCAACUAUGGAAUGAUUGGGAACUACAGGCCUUGGUGCUUCUAAGUUUCAUAUUGCAAGUCUUCCUCUUCUUCUCUGGUGGUCUCCGACGGCAUAGCACCAAUGGAGGCCUGCGGCUUCUUAUUUGGUUGGCGUAUUUGAUGGCUGACUUUGUUGCAGUUUACACCCUUGGCCAGUUAUCCCGUCAAAAGACAGAUGCGACUAGACUUGGAGAACCUCACCAGCUCACGUUCUUGUGGACGCCUUUCCUUCUCAUUCAUCUUGGUGGGCAGGACACGGUAACUGCGUUUUCUGUCGAAGAUAAUGAGCUGUGGCUCAGACACCUGCUCAAUUUACUGACCCAAGUUGGUCUGGCCUUGUAUGUGUUCUGGAAGUCAGCAGCACACAGUUGGUUUCUAGCCUCAGCCAUCUUUGCCUUUGUUGCUGGAAUUAUCAAGUAUGGAGAGAGGAUAUGGGCACUCAAGUCUGCGAGCCAGAAAGCCCUCAGGAGCUCCACCAAGUCAGUAAUAGAUCAAUUUCCUGAGCUGGAAGAAGAUGAACAAGAGUUAGGAUACUUUACCAUGGUCAAGUUUGCUCUUUCUACCUCACCGGGUGUCAGAAACGUAUUCGUUGGACGCAAACUCGAACAGAUGGAGGUAGACAUACAGGCCGCAUUUACUGGCAGCCAAAUGGGGAAAAACAUACAAGGUGCAUUUAUCUGCUUAAGCAUCUAUAACGAAAACCAAAAUGGUGAGCUUGUUUUCAAGGUUAUAGAGAUUGAGCAGGGAAUCAUGUACGAGAACCUCUACACUAAGGCAAUGGUGCUCCGUACAUGGGCUGGCGCCAUGCUUCGGUGUGUCACGCUCAUCUCCCUUGUGGUUGCUUUUGCACUCUUUGUCGCAGAUAACAAGCGGUGGCAUCGUCACAGCAGAAUCGAUGUAGCGGUAACUCUUACACUAGUCACAGGAGCAUUCUGCCUGGAAAUCUGUGCCGUCGUUGUUAUGGUUUUGGCGUCACCGUGGACAUGGGCUAUCCUCAGGUCCUGCAAGUGCCGCAAGCUCUCCCGUGCUGCAUGGUGUAUUUUCAAGAGUGUAAGGCCGGAGUCUAGGCCGUUAUGGUCGAACUCGAUGGGGCAGUACAAUUUCAUCAGCUCCUGCUUCUCUGACAGUGUGGUUGGAAAGUUGAUGAGUCUCGUUGGUGCCAAGCAGCUCUGGAGGAACUUCCUGCACACCAAGUACGUGGAUGUCAAACCAGAUAUGAAGAAGCUCCUGUUUGAAGACCAGUGCUUCCAAGCGGUUUUUGGUACAAGCAUAUCGCCAGGCCUUUGCGCGAAUCCAACAUCAGGAGUCGGUUCAGCAUUGGAUAUUAUGCUGCGUAAACCGUUCGAGGAGGCCAUCCUGUCUCUACAUAUCUACACAGACAUAUUCCUUUACCGUUGCAAGAACCCCACGGGUGCUACCAGCUGUGAGUACACAGAUGAGAAGCGGCUACUGAUGCACAGGUGCAGGACGCUAUCCGAGUACGUUUGCUACCUGUUGGUCGUCCAUCCUGAGAUGCUGCCAGUGAGUGGCAGUGUCACUGACGUACUCCAGAAAGCUUCGGAUACCGUGGCCACAGCCAGCCAGCCAGGUCUACGGCUCCAACCAAGAAUAAACUUCUGGAGAAGCUGGCAGCGCACGGUGACCGUAAUCGCCUAGACGAUCCUGUGCUUGCAGCUGCGUCUCUUUUCCGAGGGCUUGCGGAAGAAGCCGUGCACUCUCACGAAUCGCUGCAGGUUCUUGUGCGUGCAUGGAUGGGGAUCCUCCUCUACGCCGCCGGCAAAUCUCGUGGAGACGUGCACGCGCGGCAGCUCAAUAAGGGCGGUGAGUUGCUCACCUUUCUCUGGUUGCAUUUGGCGCAUAACGGCCAUGGAGAUCUGGGUAGCUUCCAGAUUGAACUCGUUCGACUGAGUGCCGUAAAUGAGGGAGGACGUAAAAUUUUUGUUUGGGGUUAUCAGCGUCCUUGGUGAAGGAUAACCUUGUCUAUCCUUACUCAUCCCAUUGUUCUUUCUCGACAAGGUAUUUAUAUUGUCCGAUGCAUGUUGUGCUAUGCUAGAAAACAUGAUAUUAUGGCUCCUGAGAUGAUUUUCAUUUUCGGGUUCUCCACAUAUUUAAACAGAAGCCGUAUCAAACACUGUAGCAGCUUA